UCCACUCCCCUUCAGUGUGUCAGAGCGUCCCAGUAAAUAGGCUCGACUUUUUCUGCGUGGGCAGGGGCACUGUUACGAUGGCCAGAAUUAUACUGUUGCUGCUUAUAGUAACGCUGGCCACUGUGACCCAAGCUGGUGUGGGUAAAAAAAUUGAGCCGAUUCGAGAGGGAAUGCCUUUGGUGUGUCGCGAUGAAACAGGCUAUCACCCUGAAGGCUCCACCUGGUAUUUGAAAGGAUGUCAAAGGAAAUAUUGCACACGCGAAGGGUCCACCAUGAUUACCACUCAUCACAUCUGUGCUCCGAUGGCUGCCCCAGAGAACUGUAAAUGGGUGGAAGAUGAAACUUUGAAUUUCCCUGGUUGCUGCCCUAAACCUAUAUGCCCGUGAGAACGAUUCUGAAUUGUACCCAAGAAGACCACCGUUGUCAGUAUUGCAUGAUUUCACUAGUGCAAUAAAAACUUUGUUCAUCCUUC